AUGACUGCCUCACCUGGCAGCGCCAUGGCCGGCUACGCAUCCCCGACCGAUAACAACCUCUUGAACGGCCCCUUUCAUGCUGUCAUUGGCUUUCCUGCCACCUUGAAUCCCUCUGCGGUUACACUUGCUAAUGGCGGCAAUACUACUGGCUCAAUCAAUGUUAAUAGUGUUUCUAGCAAUCAUGGCAUCACUACUCAAUGUGGAUAUCCCAUUUCUGCCUCCAGAAGUAUGACAUCGUGUUCUACUGCUGGACCUCGUCUUAGGCUAGCCCCUGGUUUUAUGACUACCUCACGUGGUCUUGCUUGCCAGUCUGCCCAUCCGCUCACUUUUACUCAGCUAGAAGCAAGCAACUGCAGUACAAGACCCACUCCUGUACCUACAUUGAUCGGCACGAUUUCCUUACCGACUGCGUCGUCUAACCAUGGCAGUAAUGGAACAAUUACAAUAGCAGCAUCUGUCGCGAGCCCGGGAUCACGAGCCGCAACUAGGGCUAAUGGAGCCGAACUCCGCUUACCUAGUGGAGCUACGUUAACCCUUGCCUUAGCACCUAGUCGAGCCGGCACUAUGACGCCUGCUGUUAAGCAUCAGCUCUGUCAGGAUAGCCUUCAUGCUGAAUCUCAAGGUAAGGGACCUUUUUCCUCUUAUUCAUUGUUCUAG